AUGGCGAUGGCGGAUCCUCCUCGGGCAUGGAACCCCAACUACGGCGUGGUGGGCAGCGGCGACCGCCGCCUGGCCUACUCCCGCCAGCCCUCCUUCUCCUCCUUCUCCCCGCGCCCCCCCGGCCCCGGCCUCGCCCGCUCCGACUCCUCCAUCUCCAUGCCCGUGCCCCUCCCCCUCACCCAGCCAGCCAAGGCCGACGUCCGGUACCGCUGGCUCGCCACCCGCCCGAUGCGCCGCCUGGCGCUCCUGCUCGCCCUCAACGCCGCCUACUCCGCCGUGGAGCUCGCCGUGGGCCUCCUCACGGGGCGCGUGGGCCUCGUCUCGGACGCCUUCCACCUCACCUUCGGCUGCGGCCUGCUCUCCUUCUCCCUCUUCGCCAUGGCCGCCGCCCGCACCAAGCCCGACUCCACCUACACCUACGGGUACAAGAGAUUGGAGGUCCUCGCGGCCUUCACCAAUGCCCUGUUCCUGCUGUUCCUGUCUUUCUCCUUGGCUGUUGAAUCGCUGCAUUCAUUUAUGCAGGAUGAGUCUGAGCACAAGCAUUACCUCAUUGUUUCUGCAGUCACAAACCUUUUGGUCAACUUACUUGGUGUCUGGUUCUUUCGGAGCUAUGCUCGUGUUAACAUAGUGUACAGGAAAGCAGAGGAUAUGAACCAUCACUCCAUCUGUUUACAUGUUCUGGCAGAUUCAGUACGGAGUGCAGGCUUGAUACUAGCUUCUUGGUUUCUUUCAUUGGGGAUUGAGAACGCAGAGGUGUUGUGCCUGGGAAUAGUUUCGGUGGCGGUGUUCAUGCUUGUUAUGCCUCUGUUCAAAGCCACGGGCAAUGUCCUGCUGCAGAUUGCGCCUGGCAACGUGCCACCUUCAGCCUUCAUCAAGUGCGGCAGACAGAUUACUGCCUGUGAGGAUGUCUGUGAGGUAUCCCAGGCUCGGUUUUGGGAGCUUGUGCCUGGUCAUGCCGUGGGUUGCCUCUCCAUCCGGGUGAAGAAUAGCAGUGAUGAUCAAUCGGUGCUCGAAUACGUGCAUGGACUGUACGAGGAUCUAGGGAUACAUGACCUGACCAUCCAGACCAAAAAAUCUUAG